AUGUUUCUGUCAUAUUUCUUGGUCUUGUCAGUUCAUCUUCUCGCCCCUUCCCUCGCCGGAAGCGUGACGCAAUCGUUGCUCGAUGGGCGAAAACAAUGUACAGUGCAAGCCAGCGGCGGCGAGGAGGACGAUGUCCCAUCAAUCCUGCAGGCCUUUGACGACUGCGGUUCCGGUGGCGACGUGAUAUUCCCCGAAGACCAAAACUACUACAUCGCGACGCGCCUCAACCCCGUCGUCGACGACGUCCGCAUCUCCUGGCGCGGUCAGUGGACCUUCUCCCCGGACCUGGACUACUGGCGCAACAACGCGUACCCGGUCGCCUUCCAGAACCACCGCGCGGGCUUCGUCCUGACCGGCCAUCACAUCUACAUCGACGGCUACGGGACGGGCGGUAUCAAUGGCAACGGCGAUGUUUGGUACACUACCGAAGCGGGCGACACGCAACCGGGCAGGCCGAUGCCGUUUGUGUUUUGGAAUGUCAGCGAUGUUACGGUGAAGAACUUCUUCGUCAAGCAGCCGCCGCUUUGGAGCAUCAAUAUCAUGAACGGCACCGAUAUGGCCUUUGACAACAUCUAUUGUAACGCCACUGCCACGCAGGCGCCGUGGGGAAGCAACUGGGUUCAGAACACUGAUGGCUUUGGUGCGCACAGCUCGCUUCAAUCUCUGUGCCUUUCCGUACUACAACAGACUUUACUGAACAGACUGUCCAUCACAGACACCAUGGAUGCCAGAAACAUCCGACUGACGAACUUCGUGUACCAGGGAGGUGACGACUGCAUCGCCAUCAAGCCGCGGUCCUACAACAUCGACGUCCAGAACGCCACCUGCCACGGCGGCAACGGCAUGGCCAUUGGCAGCCUCGGCCAGUACCUCGAGGACUCCAGUGUAGAGAAUAUUCGCAUCACCGACGUCACCGUCCUGCGCUACAACGAAGACCUCCACAACAGCGCCUACAUCAAGACCUGGGUCGGCGCGCUGGUCCCACAAACCAGCUACGAAUCGGCCGGCGAGCCGCGCGGCGGGGGCUGGGGCGUCGUGCGCAACGUUCUGUUCGCCAACUUCAGCGUGCACGGCGCCGACGCCGGGCCCGCCAUCACGCAGGACAGCGGCGAUAACGGCAGCUAUUCCGGCACCAGCCACAUGGCCGUCUCGAACGUGGCGUUUGUCAACUUCACGGGCUAUCUGAAUGGGAAGAGCACCACGGCGAGCGUGAACUGCAGUGAGGAGUGGCCGUGCUAUAACGUGGAUUUUGAGGGGUUGCAGCUGAGGACGGCGGAGAAUGCGACGAGGUUGACGGGGACUGGGAAGUGCGAGUUCGUGGAGGAGGGCGGGGUGCAUGGGUUGAAUGGGACGGGAUGUUCUUAA